UCUCACCUGCAGAAAAUCACUUCAAGAGGAACAGGCCAUUUUCCGCUUUCUACAAUUAAUACACACGUAUCAGACAGUUAACUAUUCACUUUAGAUAAUCAUGAUGUGCUGAAGUUGCGUUUGCCAAAGCCAUGCGAUUUUCUUCUGUGUCGGUAUCUGAGUAGUUUUUGCUCACGGCAACUUAUCAACUCGUCACAAGGAAUUAACGGUUAGUAAGGAUACAUUUUUUUUCGCUGUGAUCUUUUCCCAGGUUUCGAAAAUGGUUCAGACGAAAUGCAAGAAGUUGGUGGAUAAUUUAAACUGAAAGUCUUGUCCAGGGUGUCUGACAGAUGCGAUGGAUUCGCUGUGAUUUUUUUUAUUUAGGCUACAGGCCAGUCAGUUUCUUCUAUCGAAUGGCUGCAGCGCACAUUUUUAGGGUUGCGAACAUUUCGAGGAAACACAUUUGCUAAAAUAGGCUUUAUACGUUGGGAAUUACGCCCCGAAGUGGAGGAAUACAUACAAACCGCGACGCUCGAUCGUCGUCGAGGCUUUUCUGUCCAGACAGACCGAAACCGCGAAGAUGGAGCACACGGGCAUCGAAGAGGUGAACCAAACGCACCAGCAGCACGAACCCAUCAGCUUCGGCAUCGACCAGAUCCUCAACAACACGGAGCAGCCGAGCAGCUGCAUGGUGCCGAGUCGCGCGGGAGACGCGGACUACCAGCUCGCGCCCAACGUGUACACCAACGGGUACGGCGGCGUGUACAGCCCGGCAUGCUCCAUGGCACCCGGCCUGGCAGGCUCAUACAAUGUAAACAUGAACAUGAACGUAAGCAUGAACAUGAACGUGAAUGUCAGUUCUGGAAACGCAGGGGGCGUGAUACGUGUACCAGCUCACAGGCCCAUGCCCGCUGCACCUCACCCGCCUCCCUCUGCACAUCCGCCGGGUAUCGCGGCCGGCUUGCCCACAGUGCCCACCGUGCCCACCAUGGGCAGCCCGUCCACCUUCACCUUCCCAUGGAUGGAGAGCAGUAGGAGGUUCGCAAAGGACAGACUAACUGCUGCUCUCUCACCGUUCUCGGUAACGCGGCGGAUCGGUCACCCGUACCAGAACCGCACGCCCCCCAAGCGGAAAAAGCCGCGCACGUCGUUUAGUCGCGUGCAGAUCUGCGAGCUGGAGAAGCGCUUUCACCGCCAGAAGUAUUUGGCCUCCGCUGAGCGCGCGACACUCGCUAAAGCCCUAAAGAUGACGGACGCACAAGUCAAGACCUGGUUCCAGAACCGCAGAACCAAAUGGAGGAGACAAACAGCUGAGGAAAGAGAGGCCGAGAGGCAGCAGGCGAACCGUUUAAUGCUUCAGCUCCAGCAGGAGGCUUUCCAGAAGACACUGAGCCAACCGCUCCAGCCCGACCCUCUUUGCCUCCAUAACUCGUCUCUGUACGCUCUGCAGAACCUCCAGCCGUGGGCCGAGGACAACAAGGUGACCUCCGUCACCUCUGUCGCAUCCGUGGUCUGACCCACACCUCCCAAUUUGUAUUGGCUAAUGAGAAAGGAAAGGAUUUUAUAGCCAGGGUUUAAUAGGAUUAUGGGACGCAAUAUAGGGGAACAUUUGGGUGGAUCUCAGACACACAUUUGGACUGAUUUCAAGAGCCUCAGUUCUAAGCCAUAAGUUAAACAUAUUUAUUUUGUAAAGCUCUAGCAGAGAUCUCACUUCAUUCUGUCCUGUUCUUUGUGUUCUUUUCCAGUCAUAUAUGGAAAGAACUGAAUCAUUUAAAUGCUUUAUUUUAUAUGAUGGUGUGGAAUCAGCUUCCUCUUUGUAAUGAGAUAAUACUGACUUGGAAGAAUUGUGGGGGAGGUCAGUGACAAAUGAGUGUGUUGCAUUUCUUCAUUCCCAAAUGGACUGUAAUGGAGGUUGAAACCCAACACACUCCUUUUUUUCUGAUAAAUAUUGUUACUCCCACCUGAAUCUGGUCAUUAGUUCAUCGCUUACACUCCGUUUUUACUCCUUUUCCUUCAGCUGCCCGUAUAACAGAGGGCGGCAUCCUGUUGUCUCUUCCAACCCAAAAGCGUGGAUGAAUUUCGCCCAUCAAGACGGCUGUUUGUCUACGUGCCAUCUGGCAUCAACGAGGCCGACUCAACCACUGACUCGUUUGUUCUUGUUGUUUUGCUUUGAGCUCCGUAAGAUGUAUUUGUGAUGCAUGUUCACCGCGUCUCUUGUGUGUAGACUGGGACUGAAGACCUGGAGUUCUUCUUCACCUGAACUUUGCAAGCAAUUACAAGAAGUGCUCCCUGUGUAUUCUUCAUGAUAUGACAUUCAAAAGUCGUUUUAUAUUAAACAUGAUU